UGCGCGCGCGCAGCAGAGAAAGAGGCACGGGGAGGCGGUGCAGUAGAGCAGCAGCAGAGAGGAGAGGUGACAGCGGAGAAUGGAGAGGAGCCCGUCCGCUCGGCGAGCUUUGACCGAGGAGAAGCUUCUCGGUCCUUCUCUUCCAGGGCCGACGUGCUGAAAGUCACCGAGAGAAACUACAGCUGGAGGGGAGAGGAGGGGGGGAGCGCUGGAGUGGGGGACGGACGGAAAGGAAUGGCUGAUCCUCUGCGGAUGACUUUACUAGCGAAACUCCGGGGGAAGAGGUCCAAAAAAGGAGCGACGCUCGGCGGCGGAUUCGGAUCUGCUGCUGCGGCGGCGGCGAACGGGAGCCGAGGAGGUAAAGAAAAAGUUUUGCAAACGCAGCGAGACCCCGGCCGGGCUCUGCGGGGGGUUUGGCUCGCGGGGAUGGAUUUGACGGCCGAGAGAACGAGCACGUACGAGAACUGCGUGGAAGCGGGGAGCUGCGCGGCGGACGCGGCGCUCGCCUCGCGUCUCGSAGAUGCGCAAAAUGCGUUCGGGGAGGAGGAGGAGGUGGGGGGUCCCCGGGGGUCCAGAGUCACGGAGGGAAUCGCCGCGGGUAGCCCGCAGGUCCGGAUCAAACGCUUCGUUUCGGUGCCGGGGCAGCGCRGCGUCGGGGACUCCAUCGGGUUCGGGGACAGCUCCUGUCAUGUGUUGCACCGGGCGCAGGUAGAGGCGCAGCCAGGGCCAGUGAGCUGGGUUGGUGAGGGGGCAGAGCUCAGAGGCAGAGGAUUGCCCYACAUGGCAGGAACUGUGGGGGCUGGACAGGAAAACGAGGCCAAGUGGACUUUUGACCGUGUUUAUCCCARCUGCACUGCAGUGAGCACAGAGGAGAGCGUUGUAAUUAGAAAUGUUGAUGGCUACGAACCUGACUGUUUAGGGAACACCAGGGAGACAUCAGGCAGUCCACAGAGUCCGGCUUUCUUCCCCACAGAGUUACAAAUAUGUGAUCUGAAAAGGAUACCUCUUUGCACAACACAGGGCUCACACAGAUACCCCUUAGAUAGUGAAGAUGACGACUACUAUGAUAAUGAAAUUUUACCCUUCUACGAAGCAGCUAGACCAAAAACUGAGGUUGAUAGAGCGCAGACUGGAGAGUCUGAUCAGRAUAAAGGGCAGGUUAACGGUAGUAGCGCUCAGGAAACAGACCGCCUUAGAAACCAGCUGCAGGAGGCUUACUACCUUCUUAUCAAUGCCAUGAAUGAUAUCAGCUUUGAUUUCCAGCAGAUUAGAGAUGAUUUAGCGGAGCAGCAAGCCUCCUCCUCCUGUAGUAGCCACUCAAGGGACAGCCUGUGCUCCAGGUCGUCUGUCAAACAUAUCGACAGCGACUCCUGGUCCUCAGGAGGCAACCAGAGUUCUCAACAUGGAUCUGACGCCGAGUUGCUGCUCCUCUGCCUCGCAGGAAAUCUCGAGUCAAAGUCAAGGCUGACUAGUAAGAGCACGAGCGACCUGUCUUUGACCAAAAGACCUGCGUUGUUGCGCUCUGCUAGCGAUGGAGCUAUCAGGUAUCAAAGCAAAACUUCGGCUUCUGUUCAGAYGGAAGCCUGCGAUGAUAGAGGAGCUUUGGAGACAAAAAACGCUGAAGUCACGAAAGCGGACGGGCUGUCUGAACCGUACGCGCUCAGCAGCGUCAGCAGCGACGAGCUGCUGCAAGACGCCGGAGGCGAGGAGGACCGAGCCGAGCCRCUCAAUGGGAGCGGCGGCUCGGUCAACAGCCUCGCGGGUUCCUCUGACAGCAACGCGGAGGCGCCGACGCAUCGGGGUCAGGAGACGAGGCGGGAGCAGACCGACGUCCGAGCUCGGGCGGUCGGCUCGGCCAGCAAAGCCCACGGGGUCACCGUCAACAAGAUGCAGGAGUGGAUGCACAAGGGCCGCUUGCUGUCGUCUGAGAUGAAGCAACGCAUCGAGGGUUCGUCUUUACCUCGAGGUGCGGGCCAGACUCAGCACCGGGCCUCUCUCCAGGCCAACCUCAGACCAGGGACCCAGACAUGUGUUGGUGGUGGUAAAUCUAUCAAGACCAAGCCUUCUGCAAUGAAAGCACCAAGACAGCAGCAGCCAGCUUUCAUUGAGAACUUCCAAGCCCCGUGYGCGAAUGGCCGUGAGGCGAGCAGGUCGACCAGCGAGGCCCCGUCGUGGAGGCCGCAGCACACCGCCAUCACCGUCUCCAAGAAGCGCAACUGGCUGCAGCAGAGCUCCCAGGGAAGGGCUCAGCUGGCCAAGGAUGAGCUGCAGGGAGUGCUGGGAGCCGAGGAGGAGGGCGGCCAGGGUCUCCAUCAGCUGCCRCCUCCCCCCAGUCCCUCGCCCGACCACCUGAGACACACGGGGGGAGCGCCGUCUCGGCCGGUCCGCCUACUGAUUCCUCAGGUAACUGUCGGCCAGGCUAAGGUGUCCCCUCACCCUCGGAGUGUGGACCCAGCUGAAGAGAAUGACGCCGACGAYGAGGGAGAGAUUUGGUACAACCCAAUCCCGGAGGACGACGAACCGAGGACGUCGCACCAUCCUUCCGUUCGGCUCAUCGUCCCGUCUCAAACGGAGCUCCAGCGGAGGCCCAGCAGGGGAGUGGAUGGGACCCUGGAGGGUUCCAGUGGGCCGGAGGGACACGUGGAUAGCCUCAGCGGCGGCUCAGGAGACGCGAGUCUGGGGAAUCUUGCACAUUCCGCAGAGGCUCCACAUCUGCACAGACAGAUGCUCACAUGCAAGCCUCAAGAGGAAGGGGGGCUUUCCUCGAGCAAACCAACAGAUGGUCUUGACCUGCCCAGCGCUGUUGGCUUCUCCCCUCCUUCAAGCCCCAACCCAACCAAGAAGAGCAGCUCAAUCAACUGGUCCUUCCCAGACAAGAUCAAGUCUCCACGUACUGUUAGGAAGAUCUCCAUGAAGAUAAGCCGAAAACUCAGCGUGAAAGGGACCCAAAACAGCACUUCAGGCGGCAACGGAGGCAGCCAGCUGGAGCCAAGGGCCCAUUCUCCUCGGGCCAACGGGAGUGGGUCCGAGGUUGUCACCCAGACUUCGGGCCRUCCUCGACUAGUCUCGUCUGGGGGCGGUCAGGCGGGACGGAAUGUGAUCUCACGGUACCACCUGGACAGCAGCGUGUCCACGCAACACAGCUUCAGUAAAAAGAAAAGCAACGGCAGCUCAAAGUCCGCCAGUAAAGGUGGCUACCUCAGUGAUGGGGACUCACCGGAAUUGGUGACUAAAUCAGGAAAACACGGCUCUGCAGAGGGAAAAGGGGGCAAAGGAAAAGAAACCGAGGGAGGUGGAACUUCCAGACUCAACGGCACGGAGCUGGACAUCGAUGCUUUCCGUCAUUACAGCUUCACGGAUCAGCCCAAGUGCAGCCAGUACAUCUCCGGACUGAUGAGUCUCCAUUUUUACGGCGCCGAGGACCUCAAACCGCCGCGCAUCGACUCGCGAGACGUCUACUGCGCCAUUCAGGUGGACUCAGUCAACAAAGCGCGCACGGCCCUGCUCACCUGCCGAACCUCCUUCCUGGGUAUGGACCACACCUUCAACAUCGAGCUGGAGAACGCUCAGCACCUGAAGCUUGUGGUUUUCAGCUGGGAACCCACGCCGAAACGCAACCGCGUCUGCUGCCACGGCACGGUGGUGCUGCCCACGCUCUUCAGGGUGACGCGCACCCACCAGCUGGCCGUGAAGCUGGAGCCACGGGGACUGAUCUACGUCAAGCUGAACCUGAUGGAGCAGUGGCAGAACUCGCURGACGGCGGGCCGGACAGGGACCGCGAGCCGCAGGUGUUCGGCGUGGAGGUGUGGCGAGUGGUGGAGAGGGAGAACACGGGGCUGAUAGUGCCGCUGAUCAUCAGCAAGUGCAUCGAUGAGAUUGAGAAGAGGGGCUGCCAGGUGGUGGGUCUCUACCGUCUGUGCGGCUCUGCUGCGGUGAAGAAAGAGCUACGGGAAGCGUUCGAGAGAGACAGUCAUGCUGUGGAGCUGUGUGAAAGCAUGUACCCCGACAUCAACGUCAUCACAGGAGUACUGAAGGACUACCUGCGUGAACUGCCCUACCCUCUGAUCAACAAGCCGCUGUACGAGGCAGUGCUGGAGACCAUGGCCGUGAGACCUCUGAAAAUGGGCGCAGCGGGGUGCGGGAACAAUCAAGCGGACUCCGAGUACACCGUCAGCCUGCUGGAGAACCUGCCGGAGGUGGAGAGGAUGACCUUGCGGAAGCUCCUUGACCAUUUGAAGCUCGUGGCGUCCUUUCAAGAAGUGAACAAGAUGACGUGCCAGAAUCUGGCGGUGUGCUUUGGCCCGGUGCUGCUCAGCCAGCGUCAGGAGGCGUCCUGCCACACGAACCGCGUCUUCAUCGACUCGGAGGAGCUGGCGAGCGCCCUGCACUUCAAAAAGCACAUCGAAGUCCUGCACUACCUCCUGCAGCUCUGGCCAG